GCCCGGCCGGACUACAAGUCCCGGCAGCCCCCGCGGCGCCCGGCCCCGCCCCGGCCUCGCGGGUGGCGACGAGCCGAGUUCCCGGCGAAUCCCCGGCUGCCCGGCCGGCCUCGGGGGGCUGGGGUCAUGGCCAGAAGGGCCGUCAAGCUCGCUUCGUGGACCGGCGUGGCUCUUGCCACCUCUGGCUUCUACUACUACGGCAACAAGUACUUGGACCCUAACGACUUCGGCGCCGUCAGGGUGGGCAGGGCCAUCGCCACGACAGCUGUCAUCAGUUACGACUACCUCACCUCCCUGAGGAGCGUCCCCUAUGGCUCUGAGGAGUACGAGCAGCUGCGAUCUCAGGUGCACCUGCGCUCUGCCCGGCGCCUGCGCGAGCUCUGCCGUGCCAACCGGGGCACCUUCAUCAAGGUGGGCCAGCACCUGGGCUCCCUGGACUACCUGCUGCCCGAGGAGUACACCAGCACGCUGCGGGUGCUGCACAGCCAGGCCCCGCAGAGCAGCCUGCGCGAGGUCUGCCAGGUCAUCCGCGAGGAGCUGGGCAAAGAGAUCCACGACUUGUUCGUGAGCUUCGAUGACACCCCGCUGGGGGCGGCCUCGCUGGCGCAGGUCCACAAGGCGGUGAUGCAUGACGGGCGGACGGUGGCCGUGAAGGUGCAGCACCCGAAGGUGCAGACGCAGAGCCUGACGGACAUCCUGCUCAUGGAGAUGCUCGUCCUGGCCGUGAAGAAGCUGUUUCCCGAGUUUGAGUUCAUGUGGCUGGUGGACGAAGCCAAGAAGAACCUGCCUUUGGAGCUGGACUUCCUCAAUGAAGGGAGGAACGCCGAGAAAGUAGCCCAGAUGCUCAAGCACUUUGACUUCUUGAAGGUGCCCCGCAUCUACUGGGAGCUGUCCACCAAGCGGGUGCUGCUGAUGGAGUUCGUGGACGGUGGGCAGGUCAAUGACCGGGACUACAUGGAGAGAAACAAGAUCGACGUCAAUGAGAUCUCCCGGCACCUGGGCAGGAUCUACAGCGAGAUGAUCUUCGUCAACGGCUUCGUGCACUGCGACCCCCACCCAGGCAACGUGCUGGUGCGGAAGCGCCCCGACACGGGGAGGGCCGAGGUCGUCCUGCUGGACCACGGGCUCUACCAGGUGCUUUCCGAGGAGUUCCGCCUGGACUACUGCCACCUGUGGCAGGCGCUCAUCUGGAGGGACAUGAAGCAGGUGAAAGAGUACAGCCAGCGCCUGGGUGCCGGCGACCUCUACCCGCUCUUCGCCUGCAUGCUGACCGCCCGCUCCUGGCACUCGGUCAAGAGGGGCAUCGGCCAAGCUCCGGUCACUGCCUCGGAGGACUUGGAGAUCCGCAGCCACGCUGCCAACUACCUCCCCCAGAUCAGCCAGCUGCUCAACCACGUGCCACGCCAGAUGCUGCUCAUCUUCAAGACCAAUGACCUGCUGCGUGGCAUCGAGGCCUCGCUGGGCACCCGCGCCAGCGCCAGCUCCUUCCUCAACAUGUCGCGCUGCUGCGUCCGGGCGCUGACCCGACACAGGAUGAAGACCACCCGCUCCCUCUUCAGGCGGGCCCAGAUCCCCCUCAGCGAGGCCUUCCAGCUGUGGCAGAUCAGCCUCCACGAACUUGUUCUGCACCUGAAGGGGCUGAGGCUGGCCAGCUGCCUCUGGGCCCUGCUUUCCUGGUUGCGCCUCACGCCCCACUGAGGGGACCUGCGGUCCGCCGAAUUCUCUCCUCGCCUCACUCCUGCGUCCCCACUCCCCAGGUGACCUGGAGUGGCUCCACCCCCGAAACUCCCCUCCCACAUGACUGCCGGCCAGGGUCUCGCCCCCGCAAGUCGUCCCGAGCCCUCCUCGGUGUCUCCCCUCACCCGGGGAGAAGGCGAGACGGGCUUGCUCACUCCCAGGUGUGCCUUUGGGCUGGACGUCUCCCCCCAGCACCACGAACCAUCCCCGAGCCCCUUUGCAGGCGCGUUGGAAUGAUGGGAAGUUUGGUUCUCUUGGCGGGGGUCGGAGGCGGGGGAGCAUGGUCUGGCAUUUGCUGGUGACCUGCGCCUCCACUUGCCCUGUCCCUCCCCAGCAGUGAGUGUCCCUCCCUCACCACCUGCGGGGCUGACUCAGCAGCAGAGGAUCACAGCGACCCUGCUGGGGUUUCUUGUCCAUGUUUUAAUGGAAACUCCUCCCGGGUCGCUGAGCAGAGCUGGGUUGGUGGGAGUUUUGUUCCUGUCACCUGGUUGCCGCCCGCCACUGUCAUCUGCCUGACUUCCUGUGCCCUAAGCCUCGCCCCUUCCCACGGUGCAGCCGCUCCCUGCUUCCAGAGGCUUCGACCUGGCUUGGAGGAGUCAGGGAGCCCAGGGCCAGGAAUGCAGAGACCCGGAGUGCUAAAGCCCGGUGCUCAGCUUGGGGAGUGGUCCAGCUCCCGCCUCCUCCUACUGCUGGCUCCCAGGGUUGGCUGGUGACCCUAGCCCAGAAGACUCUGCUUCCACCCUGGGCUGGUGUUCAGGGCCCUGAGUCUGGUUUCUCCCUGACUCUCUUCUUCCCCUGCCCGCACCGCCCCUUUCCACCUCUUCACCCGCUCCUGACUCGGGGCACUUCUGCCGCCUGUGUCCGUGCCAUCUCCAAGUCCCCCACGCCCCAGAUUUGGCAGGUUCUGGCGCUCACCACAUGCUCGCAGGCAGCCAUUAUAUUUGAGUCUCUCUGAUUUUCCUGUGUCCCCCCUGCCCCACACUCCCCCCCCCACACACCCGUUCCUAACACAGGAAGCUGAUUUCCCACUACCCAGAGAUGAUUUGCACUUCCGUUGUUCCCUGAAAGAAUUCAUUGUUCUUAGUGACCAGCUAGAGGCACCCGGGGACCCGGAGAGUGAUUUUCAAGAUCUGUUAUUAAUCAUGAGAAUGCCUACUGCAUAUUCUAUUUUAUGAUGUCUUUUAUAGCCAACGGAGUAAAUAUAAAUGUCCUUUUGG